GAUGGGGAUCUCAGCCGCUGAUCUUUCCAGGACGAUAACCAGAUUCUGCACACAGUGACCACAGGGAGGAAACAUGGAUAAGUUGUUGCUGUGUCUCCUGGUCAUCGUUAACCUCACUGGUGCUUUUUUCCAAGGAGACACAUACAGAAAGGCCUUUGUGUUCCCCACAGAAUCAGAUACAUCCUUUGUGACCCUGUUUCCUCUGGUGCAGAAGCCGCUGAAAGCUUUCACCAUGUGCCUACAAGCCUACACCGCCUUGUCCCGCCCUUAUAGCCUCUUCUCUUAUGCCACCAGGGCUCAGCACAAUGAGAUCCUUCUCUUCAGGGAAAAGCUUGGCUUAUACAGCGUAUCUGUGGGUGGAUCUGACAUCUACUUCAGGGUUCCUGAGACCUUUUACACACCAAGGCACUUCUGUGUUACCUGGGAAUCCAGCACGGGGAUUACAGAGCUCUGGGUGGAUGGGAAGCCCAUGGUGAGGAUGAGUAUGAAGAAGGGGUACACUGUGAGGGCAGAAGCAAGCAUCAUCCUAGGGCAGGAGCAAGAUUCAUUCGGUGGGGGCUUUGAUAGCAACCAGUCCUUGGUGGGAGACAUUGGAGACGUGAACAUGUGGGACUACGUGCUGUCGCCAGAUGAUAUCAGCACCGUCCACGCUGGUGGGGUCUUCAGCCCUAACUUCCUGAACUGGCAGAACCUGAAGUAUGAAAAACGAGGUGAAGUGUUCCUCAAGAACCAGCUGUGGUCCUGAGCCCCUUUUGUCGGUGCUGAAUUUGCCUCCUUGGUGGGGGGGGUCACACCUUACAUUGCCCUGUCCCUGGCUUUGAGGCGUCGCUUUCCUACACAUAUGGCUCUGGGGCCUUGGGGGGCCGUAUUUCCCUCUGCCUUCUCUUCCCUGUUUUCCUCAGCACAAGGGACAGUGCAGGGAAGAGGGGCUUUUCAUAGAAUUACCAGGCCACACCCAAGGCCAAUUAAAUCUGAUUUUUGGGAGUGGGACGCAAGCAUCAAAGGGAUUCCAGUAUUUGGUCAAGGUAGAGAGCCAUGCGUUUUCAGUAUGUUUAGGAGCAAGUGAGCCAACUUUUUUUUUUUUUUUUUCUCCUGGAAGACUGCCUGUGUUUACCUGCAGCCCUGCUAAUAUUCGCACUUCCCUUUAAAGGGAAACCCACCCCUUUUGAUUGUGCUUUAAAGAAUUAACUGCAUAAUCUAGGAGG